AUGGCGGACUGCAUCACCAUCGCCACGGACCUCUCCUUCAAGGACCAGAUCACGGAACUCGCUGCCCACCUUUCCAGGUCCCUUCCCAAUGCCGACGCUGCCGCCAUCCGAGAGUUUGUAGGCGAGUUUGAGUCCAAGGCUUCUGCGGAGGGUGCGGACCAGAAGGCUAUCGUGAAGAGCGUGGUGGACAAGUUUGCGGAGCUGAACGGUGGUCUCGAAGGCGCCAAGGAGUCUGAGGUCGAAAGCUCCCACUUCCUGUUACAACAUGUCCUUUCAAGCGUCUACGAGCAAGGCUCAGAAGAGUACGACCAGGCGGUGAAGAACGUGAACGAGGCGGUCAGGAAGGGCGCGCAGGAGGCUACCAAGCACACCCGAGCCGAGGCUGGUUCUCGAGUCCUCAUCAACACAUACAAUUACCUCCCCGCCACCUCCCAUCUCCGCCCGUCCACCCUCCUCGCCCUCAUGUCCCUCCUUUCCACCACCCUCGACCUCUCGACCUUGCCCCUUCCCACAUCUACCCUUAUCCCCGCCCUUGCCUCAUGGAACAUCCCUUCCGCCGAGAAGGUCGAGUUCUUGGGCACUGCUGCGCAGCUCUAUUCGUCAUUUGGCGAUCUCUCCAAGGCUCUCGAGCUCAUAACCCUUGCUUUGAAGGAGUCUGUUGAACCCGCGCUAGUCGAGAAGGCCGUCUUUCUCUCAGUCGCGGUCCCCACCAAAUUCGAGCUUGACGAUGUCCUCGCCAUCCAAGGCGUCCCCGAUCAACUCGGCCAAACCAAGUCUUUGGUCGAGCUCUUCGAAGGCGAUGAGAUUGAGGCCAUUGAGAAGGGCAAGAAGUGGGCGGUGGCCAAUGCCUCUCUGGUGGAAGGUGCUGGUAUCGAAGGGUUCACUGGCGAGAAUGUCUUGAGAAAAUUGAGGCUGAUUGCCCUUGUCGCGCUUUGUGAGAAGAAUGAGACUCGGGAGCUUGGGUACGCGCCUAUUGCCAAGGCUUUGGGCAUCGAAGAGUCCGAGGUCGAGACCUGGGUCAUUGAUGCCGUCCGAUCUAAACUCAUCGUCGCCCGUAUCUCCCAACCCCUCUCCAUCAUCCGCAUCCAAUCCAUCUCUUCCACCACCUCUUCUUCGCGCCGCUUCGGUUCUGCCGAAUGGCAGCUUCUUGAGAAGCGGUUGCAGCAGUGGAAGAAGUCGGUGGGCGAGGCCAGGCAGGUUGUGGAGGAGGCGGAGCAGGUCGCCCAGCAGGGUCUUGGUCAGCAGAGGAGAAACAACGGCGGGAAGAGGAGGGAGGACAAGAGGGAGAAGGAUGAGAAGGAUGAGGAGUAG